CAUAACUGAAAAGUAACCGUUAAUGUAGAACUCUCGCGAGAGUUCUUUUACUGCGGUUGCAUUCCGUUAUUUUGAAAUUAAGAGAAGACCAGCUGGGUCUGCGAGAUCUGUGUUGUUUUGUAUUCGGUAUGUGUAGACACUAAUAUUAGCAUAUCCUUUUGAGAGCCCUUUUAACACCGCCUAAUAAAGACAUCCAUUAUGACGAGCAAGCGCCAGCUCCCCCCGGACACCUUUAGCCGCACACCGUUAGCAACAGGUGCUGAGUUUAGCACAACAAGCGGAUUCGUAUGGGUGAAGCACACUACUGCGGCCGCAGAGGAAAUGACAGUUCCCCGCUGCUUCCAAGCAGAAUCGGCUCUAAUUGCCAAAUCAUCUCCUCAUGACGCCGGCCACUUAAGCUUCAGCCUCUCUGUAGGUCCUGGGACCAGCAGCCAUGAGACUUGCAGGAUUUACAAAAGCAUGUGCAGAUCUGAAUGAUGACUACGGGUUACCCGCCCCAACCAUAUAUAAGCCAAAUCUCACCCUGUUAACACUGCUUAUAUAUCCUUAAAGCUGCCAUGGUGCCGCUCAGCCACUCUGCAGAGUUUAGCGAGCAGCAGAGAAGAUAUAAAACCACACAGAGAACAAAAACAAGACAGAGUCUGAUUUGAUCCGCUCCAGCUGUCAGCGCACACUUUUAUGAGAAGAUGAACUCUUUCCGACUCCUCUUCCUCAUCUUCAUGGUGAAAACGGCAUGUGUAUGUUCAGCUGAGCCCGGAUGUGAGGACUUUGACGAGGAAGAGUACAACGUUCUUGAAGGGGAGGCAUUUUAUUUUGUGCCAUACGUUGUGGACAUCCCUGACAUCCCUGAUGAUAACAUCACAUGGUACAAAAAAAAUAACCAAACUGAGAAUAUCACCACUGAUGAGAACAAGAAUGUACAUUACAACGGUGGAGCACUCUUCUUCUUAAACCUCCACACUGAGGACUCAGGCUUUUACACUGCCCGGCAUAAACUACCAUCAGGAAAGUGUUACAACUAUUAUUUAAAACUUGAAGUCUUCAAAGCAAGCCCGACGACAAUAGAGAAACUCCUCUAUGGAGAAAUCGAAGAGUCCAAUGAAAGCAAAAAGGUCCCAUGUCCAAUUCCUGUCGAAAAAACAUGUAAAAUGUUGGGAGGAAAUCUAAGCUGGAACAAGGAUGGCAAACCCGCCGAAGGUUGCCAUAAACCUUACCCGUGGAUUUCUAAUGCCUGCAAAGACAUCGAGGGCAUCUACACUUGCAUUUGUACCUGGACACACAACAACAAGCAGUACAAGUCUUCAGGCUCCAGGAGGGUGAAACAUGAAGAGAUUUCUUCCACAGGUGAUCUAAAAAUCAUGGCUCCGAUAGACAAGGAGCAGCCCGCUGAGGAAGGAGUUGAACUCAAGCUGGUGUGCAGAGUUUCCUGUGGGAUUAACGUGAAAGACCACUGCAAAGCUUACUGGAACCUCACUUACAGGAAGAUCGGAUACAAUCAAACUAUGGAGACACACAAUGAGGAAAACACAAUGGAAACCAUCUCCACUGCAACCCUGACUAUUGAAAAAGUGUCUGCAAAAGAUUUCCAGAGCCAGUUUGAAUGCCUCGGGAAGGGAUUCUUUGAAGUGAUAAAUACCACUAUAACUCUAAAGCGGAAAGAGUCAAUAAUCCCACUGGUUACUGGAGCAGUGUGUGCGCUGUUAUUCUGUGUUUUCGCCAUCAUGCUGGUUAAGUGCUUUGCCAUCGACCUUGUUCUCUUCUUCAGACGCUUCUUCCCACUCAGCAGUUACAGUAAAGAUGCGAGGGUGUAUGAUGCCUAUGUGAUCUACCAAAUGCAGAGUGAGGACAAGGUCACUGAGGACACACUCUGUCAGUUUGUCACAAAUAUUCUGCCCUCUGUCCUCGAGGACAAAUGUGGAUAUCGACUCUUCAUCCAUGGGAGGGAUGACAUACCCGGGGAAGACCGUCUGGAGCUGGUGGAGGGCCGCAUGAAGCAGAGCAGGAGGCUGAUGGUCAUCCUCACCCCGGGUUCAGGACCAGAGUCAGAGAGCACGGACCAACUCCCUGCCUCGAUUCAUGACUCUGUGAUAGGAGGGUUUGACUGGCAGGUGGGGAUCCACCAUGCGCUGUUUCAGAGUGAAAUGAGUGUGAUUCUGAUCCAGCUGGGAGACACUGGGCCACAAGGAUACACACACCUUCCUGCUGGCAUGCAGCACCUGAUUGGCAAGAGCCCCCCCAUUAGGUGGCCGGAGGGCUCGCUGGGCGCCGCCGCCUGGAACUCGCGCUUCUGGAAAAGGGUGCGAUACCUGAUGCCUGCCACACCCGCCAAAAAGUAUCCACCGUCUGCUAUUGUUUGAAACUCUUGGAAUGACCAAAAAUAUUAUUUACAUUGUUAUUAUUAUUAUUAUUAUUAUUAUUAUUAUUAUUAUUAUUAUUAUUAUUAUGUGUAAUGUGGAUCUGAUUUCAGAGAGAAUAUCCAAUUAUCAGACAUCCAACUACUGCAACCAUCCAAUCCCAUCCUGAUGUUCACAUUCAAUGCAAAAGCUUUUCAACCAUCAAUCAAAUUAAAUA